AGGGGGGCGGCAAGCAUGCGCUUGCGAAUUUUCUAGCAGGAAAGGGUGGUUAGCUGACGUCCUAACCAACGGGUAUAAUAUCAGCGCACCUCGACGUUGCCCAACAUAUCCUUCUUGACGGGGGAGAAGGCGACGGAGCCGAGCACAUCGAACAUGGUGGUCAAGGACUCGGCCGCCUCAAGGAACUCGGCGGUGGAGAUGGCAUUGCCCUUCUCGGCAUCGAUUGGGACAUCAACGAAGGACUUCUUGAAGGUCUCAAGGAAGGUAGCCCCGGCGGGAAUUUGGACAACGGCGGCGGCGGCCAUGGUGGUGUUUUGGAUGGUGAAGGUUGGUUGAAGGUUGGACUCGACUCGAGAUAAGCUGGGGGUUCGGUGCAGGAACAUGGAACACGAGGCGGUCAAUUGAGCCUUGGACGGGAGCUGGACAUGCCCGACGGACCCCUAACCGCUACGCUAGCUGCUGCCCCGCCCCUCGCCCCUAACAGGACAGGGAGUUACCCCGCCCCCGCAGCCGCUUCACCGUUGGCUUGGUGAAGGUGAGCAUCCAUCACGUGUGUCUGAAGGUGAAGGUGUGAUGUUGCGACCAAUCUCUUGGCAAAUGCGGACAUCGCCGUCGCAUGGGCACUUGUUUUUGAAAGGAGAGAUACGGGGUUCAAAUCAAACAAGCACUGCUAUCUUCCAACCCUCAAAGAGCCCUCGGGCACAAAAAAAAGGUCAUGGGCAGGAAAGGUCGAAUGAUGCGCAGUCACUUCUCGCUGGGACAGGGCAGCUGAGGAAGCACCCCAUCCUGCCAGCCUGAUUCGUCUCGUUUUCAGCUUCGAUAUUGAAUAAAGUUUAUAAUAGUUCUCGAACCUUGGCAGAAUGGCCAUUACUUUCCUAGUCCCAUCUCUCCCACCUCAAGUGCACUCACUCACUCACAAUUGCAUCCUCCUAACAUGACGUCAUCCAGGCGGCGCCGCGCACCCGUCCACAGCUGUUUUCCAGGCUACCUACCAAACGACGGCCCCCUCCACUUUAGAGCCGCUCGUAAACCGAGGACUGAUGCACUUGUUUCUUGAUGGGACGUUAUACAGUUCAUGCACCCGACAAAGCCAAUGACGACCCCUCGAGAAUAUCUGCUACCUUAAGGGUCUCGAGGCAUCCCAGUCCCCCGUCCCAGCUCCCGUCCCCCGCCAACUCCCCAACUCUUUGCGAAUUUUGAACCUAUUCCCGAACGGAAGUCGGCACGUCCACAUGUCCAGUCUUCUUGGUGUUGUGCCUCUGCCUUGUUCCCUUGAACUUGCUCGCCUAAACCGGCCGUCAUCAUCGCACGACAUCCCGCCGCCCACACCAGAUGCCAACCUCUUGAAGAGAGGGACUGGCCUUAAAACCGGCCUUUCCCCAAUCACUAACUAACCACCUUUCAGCACCUGCUUGUCAAACAAUCUGAGAACUGCCACCAUCACAACAAUGGCCCACUCAUCUGCUACUGGUAAAGUCUCUGGCGAGCAUCGCCACAGCCUGGGGGACAAGAUCAAACUCCCAUUUCAUGAUCUCAAGGCCAAACUUAGCCACAACCACCAUCUUCACGAUACCAAGGUUCACAUAAUUCACACGAAGCAUAAAAUUGGCAAAUUUGCAAACUUGUUCAAUCCCGAGCAUCGCCAUGAUGAGGAGCAUGAGAAAGCCUGUGACGAGAAACGCGCUAGGAUAGCUGAGUCCCACCGCUUCGACUCGUAUUUCCCUGAAAGAGAGGGCAAUAUGGUCAAGUGGUAUGUAGAUGGACGGGACUACUUUUGGGCAGUGUCAGUCGCCCUCGAGAAGGCCAAGGAAACCAUCUACAUUGCGGACUGGUGGCUGUCCCCCGAACUCUUUUUACGCCGGCCUCCUUACUUCAACAAGGAAUGGCGUCUAGACCAAGUGCUAAAACGUCGAGCCGAAGCUGGGGUCAAGAUCUACGUCAUGGUCUACCGAGAAGUCCAGGCUGCUCUCACUUGCAACUCGGAGCACACAAAGCAUGCGCUCCAGGCCUUGUGCCCUGAAGGCUCUCCUGGCUACGGCAACAUCAAGAUUAUGCGUCACCCAGAUCACAACGUGCUAGAGAACGCGGCCGACAUGACUUUUUACUGGGCUCAUCACGAAAAGUUGAUCGUUAUUGACUACGAAAUGGCCUUCAUUGGCGGGUUGGAUCUGUGCUUUGGGAGAUGGGACAGCCACAACCAUGCUCUCUCCGACUUGCAUCCAGAGGGUGUCAGCAACGAAGUCUGGCCCGGUCAAGACUUCAACAACAACCGGAUCAUGGACUUUAAGAACGUUGAUGACUGGAAACAAAACGAGCUGAGCAAAGCAGAGUCAGGAAGGAUGCCUUGGCAUGAUGUUGCCAUGGGGGUGAUUGGGCCCUGCGUCUACGACAUCGCCGAACAUUUCGUUCUCCGCUGGAAUUUUGUCAAGCGAGACAAGUACAAAAGGGACAAGCGGUUCGAGUGGCUCGAGUUGAGAGGUCGGCAGGGAGAGGAUGAAGAUCUUGUGGGCGUGCAAAGGCCCAAGCACCCUGUCGGUGGUUAUGUUACCCAUCCGCUCUCACCCAUGGAAACAAAGCAUCUUGACCAUCGGGGGAGUGUUCAUGCACAGAUCAUCCGGUCUAGUGCCGAUUGGUCAAGCGGCAUUCUUACUGACCAUUCCAUUCAGAACGCUUAUUCCGACAUCAUUCGCAACGCCAAGCAUUACGUGUACAUCGAAAACCAGUUCUUCAUCACAGCGACAGGCGACCAGCAGAACCCCAUCCACAACAUAAUCGGCCGUGCCAUUGUAGAUGCUGUAGUGAGUGCUGCCAAGGAGGGCCGCAAAUUCCGCGUCAUGAUCCUCAUCCCAGCAGUGCCCGGCUUCGCCGGAGACCUGCGAGAGGACGGAGCCAUCGGGACUCGAGCCAUCAUGGAUUACCAGUACAAGUCGAUCUGCAGGGGCGAGCACAGCAUCUUUGAACAGAUCAAGAAGGAGGGUGUCGAUCCAACGAAGCACAUUUUCUUCUUCAACCUGAGAAGUUAUGACCGUCUUAACAGGACGUCAGCCAUCAAGAAGCAAGAGGAAGAGUCGGGCAUCAAGUACCAGGAACUGCAGCGUGCUGAAGCUGAGGAGGUGAUGGGCGAGGGUAUCCACGGCACAAUAGACACGGAUGGUGGUCGUGACAGCCAUAUGGGUCACAGGAGUGAGCAACAUGGUGGUCAGGCGCGGACCGUUCAUGGUGAGAUGCCAGUUAAUUUGGAGCAGGCAAGAGAGAACUCGGUUGGUGAACGAGAUACCGAUAUCAAGCGGCGAUUUGAAGCAGCCAAGAAUGGAGACAUGGGUGUGGACUCUCCUGUAAGUGUUGCUCAUUACGCCAUGGCCAAUCAAGGGAAGUUGUCAGAGGUUCCUUGGGAUGGAGACGAGGAGGAUGAGGUCAAUCACUGGGUCCAGGAGGAGUUGUACAUUCACGCCAAGCUUCUCAUCGUCGACGACCGCAUCGUCGUCUGCGGAUCCAGCAACCUGAAUGACCGAAGCCAACUAGGCUAUCACGACAGCGAAUUGAGCAUUGUCAUGGAGGAUACAAAGACGUUUCAGUCCACCAUGGACGGCAAGCCAUACGAGGCCGGCUGGCAUGCUGCCACCCUUCGGCGGUAUCUCUGGCGCGAACACCUCGGCCUGCUUCCGCCACAGGAUCUUGACGGCAGCGAUGACCCGAAUGCACAACCGCCCGGCGACGACUCGCCCAACGAUGUGGGAGAUCAAGAUGAUUCUUGGAAGUUUGUGGAGGAUCCCCUGAGCGAUGAGCUCUGGGAGAUGUGGACGUCCCGAGCGUCGAAAAACACGGAGGUAUUCCGGCAGCUAUUCCAUGCCGACCCAGAUGAUCACGUCAAAACGUUUGAUGAUUACAACGGCUACAUGCCGCCCAAGGGCGUAAAGGCAGGACACAUUUUCGAUCGCAUGAUACCUGGUCACGAAGUCAGACAAAAGCUAGAUCAAAUCAAGGGCCACCUCGUCUGGAUGCCAUUAGAAUUCUUGCGCGACGCGCCGAUGGCGGAAAAGGGCUUGCAAGUAAAUUCGUGGACAGAAAGUGUUUAUACAUAAGGCAGGUAAGACGCGUGUGGUCCGGAGCAUGCUGAAUCAUUCCCUGUAUGAGUUAGGGUAGCAUUAAUUCAUAGCAUUUACUCCGAACUCCUGUCUGAGAACGCGAUGCGGCACAUGCCAAGACGCGUUCCAUAGAUCUAUCGAGGAUCUUCAAAGUCUAACUCGAAGAAUGUCUCAGUGUCUGGACCCUGGAGGCCCGCAAAAUCUACAUUUCCGGCACGCUGUUCUCGUGUCACGGUGAUCCAAAUCACCGACCGCUUCUUUUUUCCCCUCCGUGGCAGCCGAGUCUGAUUUUGGGAACACAUGGUGAACAUCUCACAGCUGAGUGAUUGGGGAAACACGGAUAUAAAAUGGCCUUCCCGUCGUCCCCUCUCACGAUGUUGAACACCAGGCCACUCACCAUUGUCCCACCCCUGUCCACUCUUUUUUGACAUCCCCCCCUUCCCCUUCCCCUUCCCCUUCCCCUGAGAAGCUAGCCGACCAGUUCACCUUG